AUGUGGAAAAUUGUCGAGGAAACGCCGAAGAAGUACGACAUCGCACUCAUCUUCGAGCCGCCCUCUGAAUGGGGCAUCAGACUGCACGUUGAUGGACCGAUCGACUGGGUUUGCAAGAUUGUGCCCACCGCCGCUCAAUUGCCACGCUGGGCCCUUCUGAAGUCUGACCCUACGAUAGCACCUCCAGCAGCUUCUCAAGACAAGAGGGAGUAUACGGCCCGCGCGAGGUAUCUCCGUCUCUUCCUCAACAAUUCCUCCGUCAAGUCGUUUACGAGCCUGAUGUGCUGUUACGGGAACAACUUCUGGUCCUCGCUGAAUAUGAAGGUGGAAGAGCUGUGCAAUCCGCUGGAUGUGCCCUCGUUCUUUGAGCUGCAAGGAAUUAUCGACCACUUCAAGCCCUCCCGUUUCGUCGCCCACCGAUUCUUGCUGAUCGAGCAUGGCCAGAAUGAAGCGCGCGACAAGUUCUUGCAAAGCCCCACGGUGCGCUCGCUGGAGAUGUUGCACGUCUCCUUUUACUUCAUCGGCGAUAUCCGCUGUCUGUCCCAUAUCCGCGCCAAGGAUUUGCUGAUCGCCAUGAACAAGGCACGGGAUAUCGGCGACUGGCCAAUCGUGCUCCAUUUUGUGUCGAGUCGCGUUUGGCGUUGGCUGGAUGGGACGGAUGAAAUCGACAAAUUCGCUCUGAUCAUCACGGAGUUUGGCCACAUUCACCAGCUGCUGACAUACUACCUGGACAAUCUGUCUCCUGCUACAAUUGGAUGGGUCGAUCGGACAUACCCCGGCAUGUAUCUCAUCGGAAGGGCCAGUGAUGGCCAAGCCUUGCUCGCCUAUUUCCACAGCGUCGAGGGAUAUUUCUUGCUACUCCGCUGCGACUACAAUUUCAGGCGCGGGCGCUGCCUCGGAAGUUAUCAGCAAAACGGACGGACCCUCCGCAACAUUGCCGAGCUGAUCGCCAAAUGGGACCAACAGAUGAAGCGGAACCCGAAACGAGUUCGCGAGGUCAAGGCAAAGCUGAAAAAGGAGUGCGCCAAGUUCAACGAGUACAACAAGGGCGCCACCACGAUCGACUUGAUGACGGAUUCGCUAUGGCGUACGAAAGAUGAGCGAGGAGUGUCUUGGGGACCCCAGACUCUCCACCUUCUGCGUUGCCCGCUUUACCCGUUAGACGCAUCCGUUCGGCACGCCUACCAAUUGACGAAAGCCUACGAAGAGAGGGGAGUUCUGCCAGAGGUCGACGAAUUCAGGCCGGCCACCGACGAGUACAUCAAGUUUUGGAAUGGCCACUUUAAUCAAUACAUCACCGAUUAUGGUUCGCCGCUGAUCGCCGGCUGUGACGACAAGCAAUAUUGCUUCUACCGCUCAAUUUGUCUCCGACUCUUCCUUACUAAUUCCACUGUUUUUGAGCUCCGCGGUGUACGUCUCUCCUAUGGACUCGAGUUUUGGGCGUCGUUGAAUAUGAAAGUGACGCGAAUCUCCUAUCCGGACGGGGUCCGUACGAUUCCGCAGCUCCAGCAAUUUAUUGAUCACUUCAAACCUACGCAGUUCAUCAUGUUUCCAAAGUCGGAGGAUACUCCACUUUGUCAGCGUAACCCCACCCAGUUCAUCCAGUUCUUGCGCAGCCCAGUGGUGUGUUCGAUGGAGAAGCUGCACAUCGGAGUCUACUCUGACUUUCUCGACGAUAUGCACGACAUCAAGGCCAAGGAUUUGUUCAUCAAUUGGAAUAUCUUGUAUGGUAAAAGGGAUCCGGGACCCAAGAUUGGAUACUUGACGCAAAAGAUCAUGGCUUGGCUUGCGGGCAACCUUGAAAUUGAAAAAUUGCAAAUCUGGUCGAAUCUGAAAAGGGGAGCGCAAACUCGUCGACAUUGCAUUGACCGCUUCCUCCUUCGUGAAAUUGGAAAAAUCGUUAGGAAAGACGAGAACAUGCAGCUGAUCGUCAGGGCCAGUGAUGGACAAGCCUUGAUCGCCUACCUCGAUAGCAAGGAGAAUUGUUACAAUUGUUUCUACCUGAUCCGAUGCGAUUACAAAUUCCGAUGGGCUCGCCCGGCCGACAGCUACGAACGAAAUGCCGAGUCCCUUCGCCGCAUCCGCAAAUUCAUGCGUCUCGCUUCGCGACUGUCGGAGCAAAAUCCGGAACUGUCGGGUGAUGUGUUGGCCAAGCUGAGGGGCGAGUGCAUCAAGUUCAACGCGUACAACAAGGGCGCCACGAAAAUGGACUUGAUGACGGAUGCGCUUUGGCGCCCAAAAAGCGUGCGUCGCUCGCCGUGGGGAUGGUGCGACGAUGGGGGCAUGCUGCAUGAUAUCUUGUUCCCGAUCGACAUCUCGACUCGGCACGCCUACGAUUUUACGAAGGCUUUUGAAGAGCGGGUCUUCUUCCGAGUUUUAUUUGACAACUCGACGAUUGACGAGUUCGUCGACGCGCCCCUCUCGUUCGGCAACGAAUUUUGGUUCUCGUUGAACAUGAAAGUGACGCGGUUCACGGAGCCGAAAGCCGCCGCAUCCGUCGCUCAACUACAGCAGUUUCUCGUGUACUUGUACUUCGUUGCAGUUUUAAAACACUUCCAACCCACCGAGCUCAUCUACAACCAUUUGUUCGUCGAUUUCAUUGCCCGGGUGGCCGAAUGCGAGCGAUUUUUGAGGAGCGACUUUAUCCGCGGGCUGGAGAAGCUGCAUCUUUUUUGCGGUUAUGGGAAAUGUGGAAUGUCUGUUAUCGACUCGGGCCAAAGAUUUCCUCAUCGGCAUCACCGGAUUCACCCCAGGGCCCAUCUCAACAGCAUAUUCGCCUUUUUGCUGCGCAGGAUUUCGGAUUGGCUGCACGGGGACGAGGAAAUUGACAAGAUCCAAAUAUGCGCUGGCAAGGACAUUGAGGCCGACAAGAUUUUCGGGCGCUUGGUUAACAGGGUUGCGGCGCGGAUGACGAGCGAUAUCGGCUGGAUUGACCGCACGUACGAGGGAAUGGAGCUCAUUCUCAGGGGACAAGCGUUGCUGGUAUUUUGGGACGACGCCGACGGCUUUUUCUAUCUGAUACGGUGCGAAUAUAAUUACAGACGUGGUCGAUGCCUCGGAAGUUUUCAACGAAACGAGGACUCGCUGCGGCGGAUUCGCCAGUUGAUGAACCUAUCAAAGCAGCUGCUCGAGCGCAACGCGGAACUGGCCGAAAAUGCGAAGGAGAAGCUGAAAAACGAGUGCAUCAAGUUCAACGCGUACAACAACGGCGCCACGACGAUCGAUUUGAUGACGGAUUGGAUCUGGCGUCCGAAAGGGGAGCGUCGAUCGCCGUGGGGACUCGUUGAUCGAAUCAUCCUCCAUGAUAACGUUAAUCGGGUGGACUUUGCCCUUCUGCACGCCUACCGAUUUGCGAAAGCCUUCGAGGAGAGAGGGGAUGUCUUCAAAUGUGAUAUUUAUGGAGCUGGAUGGGUUGUGUUGGAUAUGGUGAAUAGGAGUAAACCCGGAAGCAAGGAUAUUGCUGGGAUAUUACCGGAUGGAAUGUCGCAUUUGACGGGGCUGCGGCUGCUUGUUUUAGGAUGUACCAAGGAUCAGGUCGAGGAACGCUUCGAUGUACAACAAGCGCUACUACACUCUAUGAAAAUGAUUGAGGCCUUUGCGUCGUUCGAUCGGUUGCCAGAUGUGAAUCCACAUAGCUCAAAAAUCGAGCCGCCAUAUGGAUUGUAUGGAAUGGGGCUUGAAGCUUUGCUACCGGCCGAGCUGCUCACAGCCCCGGGCGUCUCGUCUUGGUUCCUCGAUUCGACACGCGACACGGGAAAGACUUCAAAGCCUGAAAAAUCGGUGGAAACCCUGGGCCCACGAGAAAGGUUGGCUGAUCUGAAACCGAUGCUCGAUGCGAUGGCGGAUUAUUAUCAGGAUUAUGAUCGUGUUAGCGGUGGCGUGGACCCAGAGGUGAUGCAGCCUUUGAUAGCUGAGUUUUGGAAGACGAUUACG